GGAUCCUUGAGCUGUUGCAGGGGCAGCCAACUGCUCCAUAUUUGGCUUCUAUUACACAUUUACAUACUGGAGAGAGAGAGCUGUACUGCAGACAUCAUUUCUACUACAGUACAGAAGACAUACAAGACCUGUCUUACUGCAGGGGGGAGGGGGGGGGCAGACUAAAAGGAAAAAAAAAAAUACACCGGAAAAAAAAAAAACGCAACAGUUCAGACAACCUCCUCAGCCAGCAAGCCCUUAUACUGCACUUUACAAGAAAGGUCAAGAAAGCUCUGCCUUGUGGAUCAAAUAAAAAAAGAUAACAGAGUGGCAAAUUGAACUCUACUAGGAAUGAAAAAACAUGUCACAUGACUAUUCUGGUAGAUAAACUUCCUGAAUUACACUCAAGUAGAAAUGAUGCCAAGAAGAAACGCUAAGACUGUUUUAUGAAGAAGCUGGAACUUCUCUGAGAUAUCGAAGUAUCUGUCAGACAGGUAUUUAUUUAUGUGAAUAAAGGGAGCUCGGAAACCGCUGUGUGAGAGUAAACCCAUACUGUUGUCGUCACUAGGGCAAAGCCUUGGAAAAGACAGCAGACCUGCCACGUUGAAUGUUAUUCUACAUCAACUGUUGGAAAAGUGUGCUCCAAGGGAGAUGAUUCCACAUGAAGUCUUUGGGUUCCCUUCAAGAAUUAAAUGUGACUUCCCAUUCACCAGAUUGAAAUUGGCAUCAGUCAGACAGUGAGCAAAUAGUGGUGGUUGGUGGCGGUGGCAGAGAGCAAAACAUGAAAUCUAAUCAAGAGCGAAGUAAUGAAAGCCUGCCACCAAAAAAACGUGAACUUCCCGCCACCAGCCGACCUUCUGAAGAGAAGACAGUCGGACUGACAAAUGAAAACCACCGCACAGAUAGCUUGUCAUGGCUUCCCACCACAGCCAGCAGCCACAGCAAUCUUGGUGGUCGUCAUCAUGGGCCUUUAGGAACUUCUGUAGAAGCUGGUUUACAACAGGGAGUAGGCUUACAUAAAUCACUUUCUACCAGUAUGGACUAUUGCCCACCUAAUACUUCAAGGUCGGUACCAGCGACAACAUCUAUUCCUGCCAUUUACCAGACAGCGCAGUCGCAGUCAGGAGCUUCAAUGUCUCCAAUACAAUAUACCAGUGUGCCCCAAACUUUCCAGUUCAUUGGGCAGCAGUAUAGUGGACCAUCAUAUGCAGGAUUCAUCAAUUCGCAGCUAAUUUCACCUACAUCAAAUUCCUCAUCUAGUGCUACAUCUUUAACAGCAGGCGUUACCACUCCAUCUCAACGCUCUCAGAUGGAGGCUUAUUCCUCUAUGCUGGCCAGCGUGAGCAGUUUAAGCCAGCAAGGGCAUAAAAUCGAACCACACCUAGAGAGGAGUUCAGGAAUGAUUACAGCAGGAUCACCACCUACUCAGCCAAGUCAAUAUGUCCAUAUUUCGAGUUCAUCACAGGGAGGAGUCAGAACUGUCUCGCCACCAAGCAUCCCAGUCCACUUGCAUACACACCCUACAGUGAUUCCACAUACACUUACCCUAGGUGGACACUCUCAGGUGGUGGUACAGUACUCCGACUCAGCAGCUCAUUUUAUUACUAGGGACCCUAUGAAAAAGGAAGAAAGCUACAGGUCACAAGCCAAGGAGUUAUUAAAUGGGGAGGUGGAGAAAGCUAGGAGAUUUCUUGUUCCUUCUUCUACAGAUACACAGCUAUUAAAAGCAGGCAAUAAUAAACCAGCUUCCCAACAUUAUGAGGCAAGGCCUGUAGUGGUGCACCCUGGUACAACUGACUACAGUACUCGGGAUCUCUCAGGUAUUCGGACCUCUGUCAUGGUAGUACCUAACAGCAGCACAUCUGCCACCGACAUGGAUGUUUCACAAACUAUUAAGAGAGAAGCAUCACCCUCAACAGCUCAUAACAAGGGAAGCUUACAUUUAGGAAAACCAGCCCACAGGUCCUAUGCUUUAUCUCCUCAACAGACUUUAUGCCAAGAAGGUGUAAAAACAAUUGCCACUUUAUCUCCCCAUACCGUCAUCCAGACAACUCACAGUGCAGCAGAGCACCUUUCUGUUGGGCUGCCUGCUGCAGCCUUCUAUGCGGGUACACAACAGCCAGUUAUUGGCUAUCUCAGCAGUCAGCAGCAAACCAUUAGCUACCCUGGAAAUUUGCCACAGCACCUAGUGAUCCCUGGCACACAGCCCUUGCUCAUCCCAGUUGGCAAUCCAGACAUUGAACCCUCCGGGGUAGGGGUAGCACCUGCUAUUGUCACUUCAUCUCCCCAGUUUGCAGCAGUGCCUCAUACAUUUGUCACUACGCCCAUUCCUAAGAACGAUAACUACAGUGCUGAUUCGCUAGCAACACAAACGGCUUACCAGGCUGCUUUGGUACCAGCCCAAAUCCACCUCCCAGUUGUUCAGUCUGUUGCUUCAUCAAUGGCGGCUGCGCCAACACUGCCCCCUUACUUCGCAAAAGGGUCAAUCAUUCAGCUAGCCAAUGGUGAGCUAAAGAAGGUAGAAGAUUUGAAAACAGAAGAUUUCAUACAGAGUGCUGAUAUUAGCAACGACUUGAAAAUAGACUCCAGCACAGUGGAGAGGAUUGAAAACAGCCAUAGUCCAGGUAUUGCCGUGGUACAGUUUUCAGUGGGAGAACAUCGGGCACAGGUCAGCGUUGAAGUCUUGAUAGAAUACCCCUUCUUCGUAUUUGGUCAAGGUUGGUCCUCCUGUAGCCCAGAGAGAACAAGCCAGUUGUUUGAUUUGCCAUGUUCUAAGUUGUCAGUGGGGGAUGUCUGCAUAUCGCUAACACUCAAAAAUUUGAAAAACGGCUCCAUAAAGAAGGGCCAGUCCAUGGAUUCAGCUACUAUCUUGCUGAAGCACCCAAAGAAUGACAAUUUGUCUGGGAAUAUACACAGGUAUGCAGAACAGGAGAAUGGGAUUAAUCAGGGAAGUGCACAGGUGACAUCUGAAAAUGGUGAACCAAGGUGUACGGCAGUCUUGAACCCGCUGCCCUUUGAAGCCAAAACUGAAUCUGGUAAACCCGUGGCAACAAGGAAGAGGAGGUGGUCUGCCCCAGAAUCAAGAAAACUAGAGAAAUCUGAAGAGGAACCACCUUUGACUCUUCCCAAGCCUUCUUUUAUUUCUCAGGAGGUUAAGAUUUGCAUUGAAGGUCGAUCUAACGUAGGCAAAUGAAAAGAUGUUUAGAGAAAAGAAAGUAGGCUUAUCCUUGUCUUUUAUUCGGAUUACUGUACUGUAGAAUAAAUAAUCCAGUAUUUACAUAUUAUCAUCUUAUUUUAGGUUUAUGUUAUAACAUUGUUAUAGUAGCAACUGGUAUCUUGCAGGAGACUGUUGGUGCAUAUGUUCUUUCCACAAGUGUUCAUUAGUAGCCAUGUUUUGAGGGAGCUACUAAAGAGGUGGCAGUAUAAGCUUUCUGCAUUUUUGGAUGGAGACAGAUAUGUAUUAGUGGCUCCCGUUCGUCAUUGUAAGGGUUCAACUGGCUUCUGCUUUUUUCUUAAUCUUUAAAAGAUGAUUACAAGGGAAAUGAAGGGAGACGUUGGUGCACAAGUGUCUAUACUUGCAUCGUAUACUGGUCUGCAGAGCUGUCUCUCAUGGAGAGGGAUCACAGCUUUUUGCUGUAUUUAGAUUGCUUGUCUUUUGCACCGGAAAACAGAAAACAAAAUGUAAUCGAAA